AUGGGCUCCUUACCAUCUCCUACCUGGAAACAACUCGAUAUCGCCAUAAUAGGCGGCGGAAUCGGUGGUAUGUCAUCAGCUAUUGCUCUCCGUCGAGCAGGCCACAAGGUGACAAUCUACGAACGAGCAGAUUUCGCUGGGGAAGCUGGAGCUUCCAUCUCUUGUGCAGCCAAUGGUACGCGCUGGCUAAACGAGUGGAAAGUCAACUUGACCAAAGGCGAUGGGGUCAUCUUGCAAAGACUCAUCAGUCGAGAUUGGACGACUGGACUUGUGGAAUUUGAGAGCGGUAAGACAGCAAAACACGACCUUGUAAUUGGCGCAGAUGGCGUAGGUUCCACUGUUCGUGGUAUCCUUGGUAUCUGGCCAGACAGGCGACCUGCCAAAUCCAGUUGCUUACACGCCAACGUUCGUACCGAAGACGCCGUAGCAGCUGGCCUUGUGGACCUCUCCAAAGACCAAGCGUUGCAGUUCUGGGGAGGUCAGGGAGAGAUCUGGGACAAGAUUGUCCUGUCUCCAUGUCGUGGUGGCAAGCUCUUGUCCUACUAUUGUUUCUUUCCGCGGGAAAAGGGUGAUUAUGUGAAUCAAACUUGGGGAGAGGAAGAAAAGCCCGUGGACGAGUUACUCGCCCCAUUUCCCACCCUGGACCCACAGGUUCGAGGCCAUUUGGCUUUAGGCAAGGAUAUUCACCCAUGGAGACUAUGGGUACAUGAACCUUAUCCAUACAUUGCAAAAGAUGCAGUCUGCUUGGUAGGCGAUGCAGCUCACCCGAUGAUGCCGCACCAAAGUCAGGCUGCCUGUAUGGCGAUAGAAGAUGCAGCUGCUCUAGGGAUUCUCUUUAGCGAGGAAUAUUUCACCGGAAGUGUUUCCGAGACACUUUGUUUAUAUCAAGCAGUCCGUCUGCAAAGAGUAACAAAGGUUCAAGCAGCGGCCCAGAGAGCGUCAGAGAACAUCAAUGAACGAAUCGGAUUCUCCAGCAAUGUUGAUAAUCCGGUCUACAAGGUAAAGAGCGAACAGGACAAGUUGACUAUCGAAGAGAUGAACGGUUACGAUAUGCAUAUGCAUAUCUUGGAACUAAUUUGCAAGAAGAUGGGACAGCAUUUUGCGCAUAAGUAUAUCCGAGGCCUGCCGAUUGGAUUGAAACUGUCAAAUGGGUUCGUUGUUGGUAGUGAAGAUUGGUCCCAUGAUUAG